GGGCUUAAGCAAAACAUUUGCCAAACAGCUGAUUUCCUUCAACUCCAACAAAUGUCAAAACUUUGACAUUUCCUUUACCGCUGCACAAUCGCCUUCAAUUGUUAAUCAGCUGUUUACUUUUACUCUUCGUUGUACACAAAAUUUUUGUAGUUUUAAUAAAUUGAUUAAUUGGGUUUUUUGUGCCGUGCAAAAGUGUUUGAAUUCAUAAAAACGGGGUUUUUCGAAACAAAAAACACGAACGAAAUUCAAUGCAAGCAACGUGACAGUUUAAACAUAGCAGGAGCGCAUCUAGGUCGAAGGGAGAAGGCAACGACAAAGCAAUGGAUGAACCAACGCCGUUAUCACGUAAGGAGUCUGAAUACAUCGACCAUGAUCUUCCGCUGCAAUCGCUCCUAGCGCCAACAUACCUACGCGAUGCCAAUAAUUACUUAAUUGAUUUUAUGGAGCAUGUACCGGGGACCAAUGUAAAUGGACUUACCACCUCAGCAAAUGCCAUAUCAACAACGAGCAGUAGUGAUGUUGGUGCUUUUAAUUUAAAAAUUUCCCAACCAGUUUCGCUGACAUCCGACCUACAUUUUCCCAAUACACUUUUCCAUUAUCGACCGACACAGAGUGAUGUGGCUGCGGUAAAUAAUGUGAGUGGCGUUACUGAAGCUACACUGAACGCAUUGAAUGCACCAACUCAGCAGCCAACUACGCCACUACCUUUGGUACUGAGCAGCAGUAAUAGUUCGAACAGUUCUAGCAAUAAUGGCAGCGCCUAUAAUCAUAACAAACAUGCACAAUAUAUCCUCAAUGAUGAUUUUCUUAGCGCCAGUGCGGCUAAAUCUUAUUGUGAUGACAGUGAUGUGGUGCAUCAGGUUGGCGAAGAUGCAGCGGUACAGCAAUUCUUACUUGCGGACGCCAAUGUCAACUUGGAUGAUGCUGCUGCUGAUCUCAUACAAGCUGAUGACGAUGUGCUCUAUACCAGGCAUGUGUCCAAUGCACGUAAAGUGUUGCCGCAUAAAAAACGUAUUUCACGUAAAUUACGUGUGUCGCUGAGCGGCGUGGAUAACAUGAUGCCACCACCAUUGGUUGGUGGUGUCGUAAAUAGUUCUCCGGAGGUGAUUCGCUUGAAUGCAUCAGUGUAUAAUUGUGAGAUUUGUGGUAAUGCAUCGCAUUCGCAGUUGCAGUUUUUUAAUCAUCUCAAACAGCACUAUGAGCCGACAACGCCGGAUACGAUAUUGGCCGCUAUGAAGACGUCUUUGGAUGAAUUGAAGCCUCAAAAGGCUUUGGACGAGAAUAAAAAAGCAUCCAGCAAUAACGACGAGCAAGUUUUCAACGAUGUACAUUUGAAUUUCCCAGAUUUUGAAGACGUGGACGAAACGUCAAUGCAUAAUGUGUUAAACACCGUAGCUGCAAGGAAUGAUGAAAUAAAGAAUUUAAAUUCGAAUGACAUAAAUAAGUGCAUGACUUACGUAGCGCGCACGCCAUCUCCGCCGUUAAAGCGCACUGUCGAGGUUGAAUUCAGUGAUAGUGAGGACAUGCUGGAGGGCAUACGCAAUGUAGUGGACAAGGUUUCGAUUGAAGAUACCUGCGAUGCGCUCGACUUGAUGACUUCAAAUGGCAUACGCAAUUCAUGGUUCACAAAUGACAACUUUACUGGUAUGGUCUUUAAAAAUAAACCAUUUAAUGAUGUAUCGUUCGCAGAGCCGUUACCACCAAUGCCUAUGAUGGUCAGAACAAUUACAAUAAGUAAAGGUAAAACAACGCGAAAGGACUCAACAACGUUACCACCUGCAGAAAAACUGUUGGCAUACCAAAAGUCUGACGAUCGUAAAGGUAGAGCAGCUUUGAGACUACCAUCUUUAUCGCUGCCGCAAAUACGUUUGCCUAACGUCAAUACUACCACUACAGCGACGGUUGAUGAUGUCGAUGCGGAGCAAGUGCGUUGCUCAUCGCCACCAGUGCCCACAACUCCAACGGAUCUGCUAGCACCACUAAACGUUGAACCAUUCGAGUUGCCUGUUAGUCCACCAACACAAAUACCACCGGUCAUAGAAGAUACAGUUUUCUGCAAACAAGAGCCAGACACCUACGAAUAUGAGGAGAGUGAAGUACAAUUUGAAAAUUACGGUGCACUCGAAGAAACAUAUCUGGCCACAUCCAAAAUAGCAAAAAGUGAUGUUGACGUAAGUGAUCAAAAGAAAUUCGCCUGCACCAAAUGUGACCGUAAAUUCAAUUCACGCAAUGCACUCAAAUAUCAUCAUCGCACACACACGGGCUUACGUCCGCAUAAGUGCGAUAUGUGUAAUAUGUCGUUUUACGCAUUGAAUGCGCUUAAAACGCACAAACGUACGCACACCGGCGAUAAACCGUACAAAUGUGAACACUGUCAACGUGAUUUUCGGCAAUGGGGUGAUCUCAAAUAUCACAUCAUAUCGAUACAUACGGCUGAGAAGAAUCAUCAAUGCGAAUAUUGUGGCAAAUCCUUUGCACGCAAAUACUCCUUGGUGCUGCAUCGUCGCAUACACACGAGCGAACGCAAUUUUAUUUGCGAAUUCUGCCAUAAGACAUUCCGUGCGAGCACCUAUCUGCAGGAUCAUCGAAAGAUACACACCGGUGAAAAGCCAUACGAGUGCACGAUUUGUGCGAAACGUUUUCGUAUGCAGGGCGAUAUGCGUCGUCAUAUGGGUAUACACGAACGCAAGGCAACGAAAAAGCCAACGUCGAAUGGCAAUGAAGGGGGGAAUGAGGAAAAUACUGCAGUAUUAAGCACAGAAAAAGCACCAAGCGAUACUUAGCGGUUUUGCGCUUAUGGAAAAUUCAAUUCAAGCGCUGCAUUUUUAGCUGGUGGUAAAGAACUAAGUUCUGAAAUAGAUUCUGUUAAGAGCAAAUGUACAAAAUAUUGCAAUAUUAUAUACCAAGACAUACAGAUGCACAUAUAUCUAUGUACGAGUACAUACGUGUAUAUAAAUUUGUAUGUCCGCACAAUGGUGAAUAAAUUUGUACGUUAACCUAUCCAUGGUCAAUUUAUUAUAAUAGUUAAGUACGUUAUAAUUAGUGUGUAGUAUAUAGAAAUGACUGAUUUAUAUAAUAAUAAAUUGAUUAUGGAUUUUAUUA